AUGGCUAAAAUCUCCUCCAAGGCUUCGGCCAAGACUCCUAAGAGCGCAAACACAAUUCCUCCCCAACUGAUCGCCUCCGUUGCUGCUUUCCUCGCCGAGAACUUUCCUCAGACCGCCGCCACUUUCACCAAGGAAUUGAGCCAGUCGGGCAACAAGAGUGACAACAAGAAUGUUUCCUCCCUUCUCGACCUUUUCCAGGCCUCUGCCGUGAAGGCUGCCUCUACCAGCUCCGAGGAGUCGGACGUUGAGAUGGGAGAUGCCAAGUCUUCCUCUUCUUCCUCUUCUUCCUCUUCCUCUUCCAGCUCGGAUAGCUCCAGCUCGGACAGCUCCAGUUCUGACAGUGACGCCGACGAUGAGGACGACGACAAGUCCCCCGUGGCCCCCGUCCCUGCCAAGAAGACCUCCGGCGUGAAGCGCAAGGCCGAGUCCAGCAGCGAGUCUAGCAGCUCCUCUUCCGACCCAUCUUCGGAGUCUGAAGAUGACAGCCCCAAGGCUAAGAAGGCCAAGGUUUCCCCCAAGGAGUCACCCAAGAAGGCCACCAAGGAAGAUUCCUCUUCCUCUUCGUCUUCGCCUUCGUCUGAUUCCUCGUCCGAUUCAGCUUCCUCUUCUUCUUCGGACUCUUCCUCUUCCUCGGAAUCCUCCAGCUCCGAGUCUGAUUCCUCCAGCUCUUCCGACUCCUCCUCCUCCGACUCUGAUUCUUCCGACUCGGAAGAUGAGAAGAAGUCCAAGGUGGCAUUGAAGGCUGCAAAGAAGACUCCCCUCCCCGAAUCUGACUCCGACUCCGACUCCGACUCUUCAUCCGACACCAGCAACACCCUCGAAGCUGCACCCGUUGUUGUGGAGAAGACCGUUACGUUCGAGGCCCCCUCUUCCAGCGCCAGCCCUGCUCCUUUCAACGGCCAAGGCAAGAAGAAGCACACCGGAGCCCGCCCUACCCCCCUUGCCCUGCUCAGUGAGCUGCCCCACGACCACCCCUCCAACGACUACAUGUCGUACGCAUACGCAGACCGCGCGUUUGCCGAUCUCUCCGUGACCCGCGGCAAGGGCUUCACCAAGGAAAAGAACAAGAAGAAGCGUGGUUCCUACCGCGGCGGCCCCAUUGAUAUCACUGGCGGCAAGUCUUUCAAGUUCGACGACUAA